UUUAACCUAACGUAAAAAGCAGAAUAAGAUUGGUGUUUUGGUGAAAAUAAGAUUAAUUUCCAAGAGCUCUUAAGAAUUGUUAAUGUGACAUAAAAAAUUUUGACAUACCGCACACACAAGCGCUUUAGAGACUUAGUAGAUGUAGUACAUGUGUAUGCAGCCGAAUGAAUAUAGCAAAGACCAUUUGAAGAAAGGCGUGUGGUGUGUGUACAUAAAAGUGCAAUAUCGAUAAUUUGCGCGCCUUGUCAUACAGUCAAGCUCUACGUUUUUUUUGUUGGUGUAACCUUUGUCGCCCGCUUACUAAAUAAUGCCGCUACUUGCCUAUAAGGAACAACGCAUUCUAAGUCCCCAGCAACUACGCAAGCUUAGCGAACAUAAAUACUCAUGUUUCAGUGCAAGUCUGCUAGAUCCAUUGCUCCAACCGUGGUGGAAUUGGUUGGUCGCCCAAACGCCACUUUGGCUAGCGCCCAAUCUCAUAACAAUCGUCGGUCUAAUGCUCAACAUUGUGACAACGCUGAUAUUAAUUUGCUACAGUCCCAACGGAGUCGAGCCGCCACCACGUUGGACAUGCUUUCUCUGUGCUCUUGGACUCUUUGUCUAUCAGAGUUUAGACUCUAUAGAUGGGAAGCAGGCGCGGCGCACCAACACUUCAUCACCGCUAGGUGAGCUCUUCGACCAUGGCUGUGACUCCAUAUCAACUAUAUUCGUGGCGCUUUCGGCGUGUAUAUCCUGCCAACUAGGCCACUACCCGAACUGGCUUUUCUUCCAGUGCUUCUGUGCGAUAGCAUUGUUCUAUUGUGCCCACUGGCAAACUUAUGUGUCUGGAACGAUGCGAUUUGGACGCAUUGACGUCACUGAAGCACAAUUUUCGAUUAUUGCCAUACACUUAGUAUCCGCCAUCUUGGGUCCGGAGAUUUGGUUGACCAAGGUUGGCUUUGGCAAGAUUGAGCUGUGGUAUGGUCCGGCUAUAACGACCAUUGUGUGUGGUGUAAUAUCCUUAACAUAUGUUUUUUCCAUCGUUGUCGCCGGCGGUGUUGGCAAAAACGGCUCCACAGUUGCUAUUCCUAUCGUGGGAGUUUCGUGGAAUUAUACCAUAUUAGUAUUUAUCACUUUCGGUUAUACCUUGAAUAUAAUCAAUUUUCAAAAAAUGUUUAUUGAAGGCGGCAGUGGCAAAAACGGCUCAUCAGUUGCUAUGCCUUAUCUCGAGUGUGAAACACGCUGCUUGCCGUUUUAUAUGGCCAGUGGAAUUGACUUGAGUUUAGCAUUACGAUACUCGAAAUCAAUUUUGAACGAAGGCUGUGGAAAGAAUGGAUCAUCCGUUGCAGUAAGAUUUAACAUAUUCGUAUAGCACAAAAACCGAAGGCAUUGUAAUUAGCUUGAUU